CGUCCCCCGCCAAUGCUCUCGUUAAUAGUAGAGAGGAUUACUGCCACCUACACGUACACCUUCACCCAAUUUACCUAACAACUAUACCCCUAAGCCCACAAGCAGAAGACUGACAUUAUAGUAUACUAUAAUACUGCUCAAAGUCCUAAGAAAGGAGCCGAUUAAUUUCCCUUCGACUUAAUCCCUUUGUCCAAUCCUUAGAUAUACUUUGCCUAACGCGUCGUUGUGCUUCAGAUUCCGCCUCCUGGCCGUCGGUGCUUUUCCUAAUAAUGAUAACCCUUAAAUAUCCUAACCCUACGAGUACUCAGCUUACUUAUAUUUCUGAACAACAACUAUAUUACCACUAACGACCCUACAACAACAACAAGGAGCUUAUUGACAUUAUAAAUGAAUCUACACUGCUUAUAAGUUAGUAUAAGAUUAAGUCAAAUAGAGUAGCUCGUCUAAAAGUAUUUCUUUCGUUCCAUCGCCUCCAUUUAUAUACAGAGGACCACUAGACUUGGAACAGUAUUUUCGAAGAUGAAAAAGAUUGACCACUGACCAUCUUCGCUCAUGUCCUGAAAGGUAUCGAUCUACGGAGUCAAAGCCGGAGUUGGUCUUGUAUUGAGGUCAGUUUUUAUCCAUCUUUAUCGGCAUCUUGUUGGUGCCCUUUUGUUCCCCUUGUAUUCUUUUCACGGGAAGAGAAGGAGUCGAGAUGAAGGGACCGAGAUGAAUAAAAGCUGUCGCUAAAAAUUGUAGACACGCGAAGGUGAAAUUGCUCUACAGCUCGACGCUGCGGAGAACUUGCUCUUCACUAUAAACUCGACGAACGAAGCGGAACGAGGAUUCCUUUUUUUAAGGCUUUAGACACACAAGAAUCAAUAAUUUUUUUUGCUUAGUUACAGUCGCAGAAAGGAUUCCUUUUUUUAAUGCUUUAGACUGACCAUAAUUUUUGAGCUUUCGACUUGAUCUUCUGUCGUAGUUGCGAGUGGUUUUGACGACAAUUUGAGACUUUUCCCUCGGCAUCUCCCGAAAGAACAAGUGUAUUAUAAUAUAGUAAAUGUCCUCCACAUGCAUGACAGCGAAGCCGAGGCAUCCUAUCCUAUCCUAUCCUAUCCUAUCCUAUCCUCCACCGACUGUAAAAGUAACAAAUGAAUGAAAAUCCUAGAUCCCUAUCCUAUCCUUCUAUUUACCCUCUCCUAUCCAGUGUCCACCGACUGUGAGUAAGAGAAAGUACGAGAAGACAGAGUUCGCUUUCGUUGCCUCUCCCCCAUCUAAUCUGAUGGCUGCAAUGGAAAUGCAAAAGGAUAAGCCGAAACGCACCAUUUUCUGGUGUGAUGAGGAACAUAUUGCGGACAUUCUUGCUGUUUCUGAGGUAUUUGUUUCUACUAUGUAUAGAUGGAUCUGACUAAACCCCAAACCCUCCAAACCUAUUUGUAUUUUCUGAUAGAUACGUUGACUACUCUGUCUGUGUUUCAAAGAGGAAUGAAAUUUGACUAAACAGGUCUUGAUCUUGGUCUUCUAUAUGCUGCAACUAAGGUCUGUGCCCACUUAUAGUUUUAGAAUAUGAAGUUGAAGAUCAUUUUGAAAUUAACUAGUCCCGUCGACAGUUUCGGAAUACUGAUCUGGGCAACAUUCCAUUCCAUUUUGAAACUAAUCGCUCACACUCCGUCUCACACUCUGUCUCAAUCCACCACCAAUACAUAGAUUGUUGCUGCUCAUCGUCGCUGGCGUCGUGGAAACGAUUGGCACAAUCGACAAGAAGAGUAGCUUGGGAAGAGACAUGCAAAUGCAUGAGGGAGAAAACAACAGGGGACGAGACUUCUCUUGCGCGAAAAUAAUGAGGAGAAAAAGAAAAAAAGUUUUGUAUAUCGCUUCCUAUAAUUUUCGUCAAUAGAAGAAAAAUUUCAUUAUGUUUAUCCAAAAAUAUCAGGUUCAUAUAUACCUCGAGAUCGGGUAUAAGAGACGCCACAGAUACGACACGAAAUUGAUAACGACGACUAAGUUGUUAACCCUGUCUGAUCAUUUCAACAACUUGUUGUAGUUCUAUCUAAGAAAUGGUAGUUAGUACUAGAAAUAUGGAAGUACUAGAUGUUUAAGUUUAUCCACCAAUUUGUAGCACGUAAACGCGUCUUUUAAGUAUUCGCAACAUCUGCAAUAUGAUUAUCGAGGGGGCGGGAAGAAGCCACCCGUUGAACAGGGUGCGAUAAGAAU